GACGGCCGCCGGAACAGCAGUCGGUAGCCGACAUCACAGAGGUGAGAACGCUUACCACUGCGGCUUGCAACUCGUAUUCUGCGCGAACACCCAGUGCUAGUGAUGUGACACUCUGUGCGAACGCCGUCUUUUUCUUUCGUUUCUUUCGUUGGAUUUUUGAGGAUUUCUUUGCCUGGCCGGCCGUCGACUUUCGUUUCGGCUUUUCGAGAUUUUCCGGUGCUGCCGUUUACUUCCGAGCGUCUACGACCAUCAUCAAGACACCCCCCGACGCCCCUCCCCGUAGCAUGCCCCUCGCCCCCCGCCCCGCACUGCAGGAUCCGCGGCCCUCUGCCGCCACGAGCUAAUGACUAUGGCCGAGACCGCCGUCGAGUCUUCCACCGCGCACGACAAAGUCAACAACAACCACCCGCUGGUGGCCAACCACAACCACCGCCCCGCCGCCAAGCAGCGCAAGCGCAAGCGCCUCAGCCAAGUUCUGGACAAGCUGACCGCCUCCAGCGCCGACAUUCCAAGCGCGGACGAUGUCGCCGCCGCCAAUAAUAAUAACAAUGAGGAGGAGGAGCGCAUCACCAAGCAGCGCCAGUGCACGCCCGAUGUCUUCAAGUUCGACACGCCGGACACCGCCAGGUACAAGGCGGCCAGCGAGGACGAGGACGUCUUCAGCCCGGCGAGCUCCAGCAACAAGAGUCCGCACAGCAGUACCGAGUCGCCGCGGAUCAGCUUCAGCCCCUUGAGGCUCAAGGAGGAGGACGCCAGCUGCAGCCCCCCGUUGUCUUUGCAGAGGACGGGCUGUCCUUGCUACCAGUGCGUGACGGUGGGGCACCACACGCCGCCGCUCCACCCUUACGACCGGUACUUCCCGGCGUCGCCGGCCUCGCCCUCCAACUUCGAAAGGUAUUUCCACUCGAAGUACCUGCCAGACAUCUUCAGGAGGCGGAGCCACAGCGACUCGGACCUCCCUUUGUGGUUCGCGGACCGGACGAAGCCCGCGUGGCCCCACCCCUUGGCCCUCCCUCCGUCCAAGCCGGCGUCGCCGCAGGACUCCCCGCUCGACCUGUCGCUCAAAGCCAAGCCGCCGUCGCCCCUCCCUCCGCCCCUCCCCCUGUUCUCGCCGGGCUUCCUGCCGCGGGUUAACGUGCCCGUGGUCAAGGGCGACGUCGCGUCGCCCACCACCAAGGAGUCGGUGGCGUCGCGGUACAACCUCGAGGUGUCGCCGGUGGUGGAGGAGAUGCCCCCGGGCUCCGACGUGGCGUACGUGUGCCCCGUCUGCGGGCAGAUGUUCAGCCUGCACGACCGCCUCGCCAAGCACAUGGCGUCGCGGCACAAGAGCAGGCAAGGGGGCGGCGACGCCGCCGCCAAGGCGUACCUGUGCGACGUGUGCAAGCGGUCGUUCGCGCGCAGCGAUAUGCUCACGCGCCACAUGAGGCUGCACACGGGGGUGAAGCCCUACACGUGCCGGGUGUGCGGACAAGUCUUCUCGCGCUCGGACCACCUGUCGACGCACCAGCGGACGCACACGGGGGAGAAGCCCUACAAGUGCCCCCAGUGCCCUUACGCCGCCUGCAGGCGCGACAUGAUCACGAGGCACAUGCGCACGCACGCGAGGUACGAGCCAGAGCCUCUUCCGGUCAAGACUGAGAGCCACUGAUGUGAGGAAGUUCGGGGGGCGGCGAGCCCCACUUUUUCUUAACCAUGUACAAAAUGUCUAGUCGAAGCGUUUUGGAGGACUCGCCGCCCCCGCCGCCGCCACGCGAUGUCGGAGAUCUCAUUUCAUUCCAGUGCGUCGUUGCCAAGCCGGAGAUUUUUGUGCCAAAUACGAUGGCCAGGUAUCACUUGUUUUUGUACACUUGUUUUUGCGGAGGGAGGGCUGGAGGAGGCUUAGGCUGUUUCGUUGGGAGGUCGGGCACGGGAGCGAGGUCCAGGUCCGAAUAAAAAAAAAUAAAAAAUUCAGGCUCUUAACUAUAAUUGACAGACUAUAAUUUUUAAUGAUAUAACUAGUUAAAUUAUACUCAUAUAAUGCAAGUUUACACCUUCCAGUAUUAACUAUCACUGAUAUUUUUGAAUUUGCAUCACCACGAAUACACACUUUAUUGUAUAGUUAAGAUCUUAACUAGAUAUCGCUAGCGAAUAAUACUUUUUGCUUAUAACUAUCAUACACUUUUCGACAACUCAUAUAAUAUGCUCUAAUUAACCUUUAUUUUCCAACUAACUAUUUUUUGAACCUCGCCAUGUAUUUAUAUUCUACAAAUUUGAACACAUGGAAGAUAAAUGUUAUAACUGAACACAUAUUCAUCAUAAUCAACUCACUAUCAA